CCACCCCGGAAGUGAUGACGUAACCAUGGAAUUUGAGCUCUCGCUUAAGUGUCCCCCGCAACUAUUCGCUAAUCUGUAACAUGAAACUUGUUCGGUUAACUAUAUACGGCACUAUAUUGUCUAUUUAAAAGUCAGUCACUCUUGUUAGCCAUAACCUAGCAAUGGUUCAUUAGCCCAUGGGAGUCCUCGCCGGGAGUCUUGCAAGUCGCUGCGUCGGUACGCUUCGAAAGUUCCCAAAGACAGUCAUGUCACGAAGAUUUCACGCGAGCCGGAUCGAAGGAGUGGACAAAAACGUUUGGGUGGAGUUCACCCAAUUGGCAGCCGACUACAAUCCCGUCAACCUCGGGCAGGGUUUCCCGGACUUCGGCCCUCCGGAAUACAUCCAAGAAGCCUUCUGUGAAGCCCUGCGCGGCGGUCCCUCCAUGCACCAGUACACGCGCGCCUUUGGCCACCCACGUCUGGUAAAUAGUCUGGCCAAGUUCUUCAGCGGCAUCGUGGGCCAGAAGAUCCAUCCCAUGGAGGACGUCCUGGUGACGGUGGGCGCUUACCAGGCGCUCUUCUGCGCUUUCCAAGCGCUGGUGGACGAGGGGGACGAGGUGAUCAUCGUGGAGCCUUUCUUCGACUGCUACCAGCCUAUGGUGAAGAUGACGGGCGGGAAGGCCGUUUACAUCCCUCUGAGGCCAAAAGUCGAAGGCGGCGGAGCCCUGUCAAGCGGCGACUGGGUCCUGGACUCCGACGAGCUGGCGGCGAAAUUCACCCCACGCACCAAAGCCGUUGUCAUCAACACGCCCAACAACCCGCUGGGAAAGGUGUACACCGAGGAAGAGCUGCAAAUGAUCGCCGACCUGUGCAUCAAACACGACGCGCUGUGCUUCAGCGACGAGGUGUACGAGUGGCUCACUUACGACGGAGCCCAGCAUGUGAAAAUAGCCAGCCUGCCCGGCAUGUGGGAGCGGACCGUCACCAUCGGGAGCGCCGGCAAGACCUUCAGCGCCACCGGAUGGAAGGUGGGCUGGGCCAUCGGCGCUGGACGCAUCCUCAAACACAUGAAGACCGUCCAUCAGAAUAGCGUGUACCACUGCGCCACAGCUGCUCAGGAAGCGGUAGCUCGCGGCUUCGAACGUGAGUUGGAAACGUUGGGCUCGGCGGACAGCUACUUCCGCCAGCUGCCGCGCGCGCUGCAGCGGAAGCGGCACAAGCUGGCCUCGUGUCUGGAGAGCGUGGGCCUGAAGCCCAUCAUGCCGCAGGGGGGCUACUUCAUGAUAACCGACAUCUCCUCUGUCGAGGUGGAUCUCGCUGACCCGGGCGCAAAAGACGAAGCCUACGACUUCCGAUUUGUCAAAUGGCUCAUUAAAGAGAAGGGCUUGGCAACAAUUCCCGUGUCAGCCUUCUACAGUGCCGAGCACGGCAAAGACUUUGACAAAUACAUCCGAUUCUGCUUCGUCAAGGAGGACUCCACUCUGGAUGCAGCAGAGGCCAUCCUGAGAACGUGGAAGGCUGCACGUGACUCACGUGUUGUCGCGAAAAUCAUGUCUCCCGGCGUCGCUACGAAGAGAUCAAAACCAUCCUCCUCUCAGCCGGAGGAAAAGGUUGACUGGAGGAAAAAGAAAGCACAACUCAAGGAGGCCAAGAGGCAGAGGAAAGAGGCCAAGCUGAUCAAACAGCUAGAAAAUCAGAAACAAAAAGAGGCUGCUGAGAAGGAAAAAGCAGAGGAGACGCACACACACCACAAAGAAGGUCGAGCGUACACGGUGAGCGUGGCUCUGCCGGGCUCGGUCUUGGACAACGCUCAGUCCGCCGAACUACGCACUUACCUGGCGGGACAGAUCGCCCGCGCCUGCGUCAUCUUUUCCGUGGAUGAGAUUAUCGUCUUUGAUGAGCAAGGCGAAGAUGUCAAGAGCGUGGAAGGCGAGUACAAAGGAAUCGGGAAGAAAGGCCAAGCGUGCGUCCAGCUGGCCAGAAUCCUCCAAUUCCUGGAGUGUCCACAGUACCUGCGCAAGAUGUUCUUCCCAAAGCAUCAAGACUUGCAGUAUGCAGGACUUCUGAACCCUUUGGACAGUCCGCACCACAUGAGGAUGGACGAGGAAUCGGAAUACCGGGAGGGCAUCGUCCUGGACAGGCCCACCAGAGCGGGCAAAGGUUCUUUGGUCAACUGCGGCAUGAGGAAGGAGGUGCAGAUCGACAAGCAGCUACAGCCGGGCUUGAGAGUCACCGUUCGUCUUAACGUGCCGCUGAAGCAAGAGGGCAAGACAUACAAGGGCGUGGUGGUUGCUCCUCACGUGCCCACCACGGAAGGCGGCCUUUACUGGGGCUACAGCGUCCGCCUGGCAUCCUGUCUCAGCGCCGUUUUCACAGAAAGUCCCUACAAGGACGGCUACGACGUGACGGUCGGCACAUCGGAAAAAGGCAGCAAUGUGGACGAGGCCUCGCUGCGGCCAUUCAAGCAUCUUCUGGUGGUCUUUGGAGGAGUCCAGGGACUGGAGUCCAGUCUGGAUGCCGAUCAGAACCUGGACGUGACGUGUCCUAGCGUCCUCUUUGACCUCUACCUCAACACGUGUCCUGCCCAGGCCAGCCGCACCAUUCGCACGGAGGAAGCCAUUUUAAUCUCCAUGUCCACGCUGAGGCCGAAGAUAGCGGCUGCCUUUUCCAGUACCUAAAAAUGUCACAGGUCCUUCCUUUUUUUUGCAAAGAUAGAUGAAAGUAAAAACACCACAACGUUAUAGUCAAAUCAAUACGAUGUUUACUUCAGCCAAGUCAACAAAAGCUCUGCUUCCUUUCAAACGUCAAACUAAUCCAGCAAGUCAUUAGGCGAGCGGCUUUGGCCAUCCGUCAAAACGGGAAGCGCCAGCAUGCACUCGACGAGCUUUCCUUCCCCUAAUUGAUGCUGGGAAGCAAAAGUGCAUCGUGAUAAAUAAGAUCAAGAUAAAAAGACUGCAAAGUUGUAAAAAAGAACUCACAACGAAUCAAGAACAAAACAUUCCACACGUCA